ACGGGCUGCUCUCACUUUGAACCGGUGUCAACAAACAACAACGACAUAUUUCUCCCGGGCUACACCGUCUUAGCACCCGCGUUUCUCAGAAAACCUCAAUACCGGCGAUUAAAACCAACAGAAUGAGAAAUAUACUCUUUUAACGACCCCCAAAUCACGCUCUGCCUUUUUUCCUCGUCAAAUUUGCCUCCUCAGAGGCUCGUGGCUGUCCCGGGACGGUGCUUGGCUUUAGCACGAGCACGGCUAACUUUUCUCCGAAGCUACACAGGAUAAAUUUCGGGGAAAAUUCUCACAGUCGACGGGGAAACCUUUGUAACAACGUCCACCUGCCGCUCGGUCGGUGCUAGAGCAGCUGGAGGAGGAGGUUCCUGCAGUCGUUGGGGUGUCGGUGGUAUGACUGCGUUGGCGGGGUCAAUACCCAGGAUGAUGCGACCCUCGCUGACCCAGAACUAUCCCCGCAGCGGCUUCCCUCUGGAAGUGUCUACACCGCUGGGUCAAGGCCGAGUCAACCAGCUCGGAGGAGUUUUCAUAAAUGGCAGACCUUUGCCCAACCACAUCCGCCAUAAGAUCGUGGAGAUGGCCCACCAUGGAAUCAGGCCAUGUGUCAUCUCCCGACAGCUCCGCGUCUCCCACGGCUGCGUGUCCAAAAUCCUGUGCCGGUACCAGGAGACCGGCUCCAUCAGACCCGGGGCCAUCGGAGGCAGCAAACCCAAGCAGGGGACAUCGCCGGACGUAGAGAGGAGAAUAGAAGAAUACAAGCGGGAAAACCCGGGUAUGUUUAGCUGGGAGAUUCGGGAUAAAUUACUGAAGGAUGGGAUUUGUGACCGCAACAACGUUCCGUCAGUGAGCGCCAUCAGUCGCAUAAUGCGGAGUAAGUUUGGGGGAAAAGGCGACGAAGAAGAGGAUGAAGAUGAAAUUGAGAAGAAAGAGUUGGAGGACAACGAGCGGAGGGCCAAACACAGCAUUGAAGGCAUCUUAGGAGACAGAUCCAGUCACUCAGAUGAGGGUUCAGAUGUAGAGUCAGAGCCUGAUCUGCCGCUGAAAAGGAAGCAGCGGCGCAGUCGGACCACCUUCACUGCAGAGCAACUGGAAGAGCUGGAGCGGGCCUUUGAGAGAACACACUACCCUGACAUCUACACCAGAGAGGAGCUCGCUCAGAGGGCCAAGCUCACGGAGGCCAGGGUGCAGGUGUGGUUCAGCAACAGGCGAGCAAGAUGGAGGAAGCAAGCUGGAGCCAAUCAACUGAUGGCAUUUAAUCACCUUAUUCCAGGGGGUUUCCCACCAUCAGCCAUGUCCAGCAUCCCGCCCUACCAGCUCUCUGACAGCAGCUACCCCCCCUCAUCCAUAGCCCAAGUAGUGUCAGAGCCACCCAGCACGGUGCACCGCCCCCAGCCUCUGCCUCCCUCCUCGGGCCACCAGGCCUCCGGUGGCGGCGGACAAGGAGAAGGAGGCUCUGCUUACUGCCUCGCCUCCGGACGCCACUCCUUCUCAGGCUACUCAGACAGCUUUGUGAGCCCUGGAGCACCAACCAAUCCCAUGAACUCUUCCAUAGGGAAUGGGCUCUCUCCACAGGUGAUGGGUCUUCUGAACCCUGGCGGUGUGCCGCAUCAGCCUCAAAGUGACUACGCCAUCUCUCCACUGACAGGCGGCCUCGAGCCGCCGGCCGGCAUGGCUGCCAGCUGCAGCCAGCGGAUGGAUCACAUCAAGGGCUUGGAGGGUCUCACCAGCGUUCCCUCCAUGUCAGCUCUGCCCUCACUGCCAAGCUCCCAGUCCUACUGCCCCCCAACCUACAGCUCACCGGGCUACACCGUCGACCACGUGGCAUCCUACCAGUACAGCCAGUACGGACAAAGUAAGGGGGUUGACCAAUCAGAUUCAUCCAUUGACCUUGUGGCAACCUCAAUACAACUGGGUCCUUCAAAGAGCAUGGCAACGGUCCAACAAGUCUGACUCUGUGUAGCUCUGUGGGGCGGCAGGUAUCAAAUGAAUAUCUAACUUAAUAUCCGAUAGCAGCAAAUGUCUAAUGAAAUAUCUCGGUCUGAUAUCUUAAAGCGGACAGAAUAAAGAAUUAGUGCGACACACAUGAUGAACCGCUAACAUGUAGCUCUGUGCGCUUACAUACACACAGACC